GAUGGACAAAGGGAGGGACUGGUCAGAUGUCACAGAGGUCUGGAUGAUGGACAUGUAGAGGGACUGGUCAGAUGUCACAGAGGUCUGGAUGAUGGACAAAGGGAGGGACGGGUCAGAUGUCACGGAGGUCUGGAUGAUGGACAUGUAGAGGGACGGGUCAGAUGUCACGGAGGUCUGGAUGAUGGACAAAGGGAGGGACGGGUCAGAUGUCACGGAGGUCUGGAUGAUGGACAUGUAGAGGGAGCGGUCAGAUGUCGCAGAGGUCUGGAUGAUGGGCAGGCAGAGGGACUGGUCAGAUGUCGCAGAGGUCUGGAUGAUGGGCAGGCAGAGGGAGCGGUCAGAUGUCGCAGAGGUCUGGAUGAUGGACAGGCAGAGGGAGCGGUCAGAUGUCGCAGAGGUCUGGAUGAUGGACAGGCAGAGGGAGCGGUCAGAAGUCGCAGAGGUCUGGAUGAUGGACAGGCAGAGGGAGCGGUCAGAAGUCGCAGAGGUCUGGAUGAUGGACAGGCAGAGGGAGCGGUCAGAAGUCGCAGAGGUCUGGAUGAUGGACAGGCAGAGGGAGCGUUCAGAUGUCGCAGAGGUCUGGAUGAUGGACAGGCAGAGGGAGCGGUCAGAUGUCGCAGAGGUCUGGAUGAUGGACAGGCAGAGGGAGCGGUCAGAUGCCGCAGAGGUCUGGAUGAUGGACAGGCAGAGGGAGCGGUCAGAUGUCGCAGA